AUGCCUCUCCUACCUCUAACCAAGGGACAAAAGAAGGCAGCGAAGAGAGCUGCCAAGAAACAAGGCGCAUCAGCUACUAAGGAGGCUCCUUCGAGUAACGUAAAGUAUAGACUAGUCGAUACUAUCGAGCCUGAGCGGUUCGACACGCCCGCCAUUCCAUUCGUACCUACCCAGGAUGGCGCAACAUCGACACGGAAUGUUGGUGUUUCUACUCCUCAACACUCCAGCCUUAUGUCUUCUGAAGACAUCGACGCUGCUUCAUCUACCUCAACUGCCUUACAGCAGCUACCAUCAUCGAGCACUGAUGUCGCUCGGUUUCAGUCCUCAGGCCCUUCGCCUACGUUGUCCGCACUGCCUUUAGAGUCCCUGGGCAGCUUCAACGAUAGCUUCACCUUCACAGCUCCCACUGGCGUUGCUACGUUUGGUGAACGCUCAAAUAUCACUGACGUUUCCAACCACGAGUAUGGAUUUUCUUCCCCCCAGAUUGUUGGGGACAUUGAGGAUGAAAGUCCAACUUCAUUGGCUUUCAGCGAAGCCUUCGUGGAGGACCCACGUAAUCCUACGUUCAUGACCGCCGCAGCAUCGACGGGAGCUUUUGAGGAAGUCUUGUCACAAACAUCUGAUACGACAAAGUCAUCGACCUUCACGCGGCUCCAGGAUACCACGACUACCACCGCUUCAGCACCUGCGCUCGUUGACCGUGCUGUUACUGACGUCGAGAAGAAGCUGGAAGUGUCUUCUGACUAUGCAAACCAGGAGCGGGCUCUUGUACGGUACUGCACGCUCAAGACAAUUAGUCUUGUUGCGGACUACGAAGUGGAUCAGGGUCUCGAUGAAACCAGCACCAACUUUUCACUUGAAAGUGUACUUCCUCAUCGGAUGUUCUUAGCGAGCGCGGAUGGUGUGAUCCAAUGCAUCGCAUACGACCAGCUUCUACACGACGUCGAAACCGUCAAGGAUGACGGCGGGUCGGACUUUGACUCCGUCGCAUCUCCAAUCAAAAGUUUCCUCGAGCAUUCCAAUGGCGCACAUGACAAGACCUCCAAGAGUAUUGACUGUCGCAUCGAAGACGUCCAGUCAGACCCCGGCAUCCGCGAAAGGCUUCACGAUGUGGACAACGCGGGUUUAGAGGGUUCCGAAGUAUCCGAAUUGCGUGAUCACGAAGAGCUCUCGAGCCAUACGGACGGUUCGAAUACCGGUCCAGACGAGGCUGCAUCGGUCAGUACCGAGAAGCGUGAAGUUGUUGCGACGCAGCAAGGAAGUCUCCAAUCAACCACACGCUCAGGCAGCAAAGAAGAGCUCCAUAACGCACCACUGAACGAGCUCUCCAAUGGAGAGCUUGCGGAGAGAGUGGCGACUAGUCCUCAAGUUCCAGUGGCUUCCAACGAUGGACCCGAUGUGAGUAUAAUACGUCUCGGUACGGAGCUCCUCUCCUCCUACCUUGAAGUCAUCGAGGCCGAGGAAAGCGGAAAGGUUACUCGAGACGCCGUGAUCACCGCGUUCCUGAAGCUUGUCAACAUCGAGCGAAAGAAGCGAGGGGUUCAUGCUCUACCGUCGUUAUACACAGCACAAAGUGUGCUGCGCAGUGGUAUUCUUCCACACACGAUCAUGCUUGGUACUACGACUGUUGCGUCUUUCACCGCUCAGUUGAGCUUCGAUGAGAAAGACGAGGUUGUUAUCAGCGACGUGUGUGCGGCUUGGGAUCAAUUGGGUCGUGAAGAAGUGCAACAGCAACGUGCAGCUUCCGAAGGCGUAAUGGGCGUAUUGAGUAGAGCGUUCGGCCGGCCCACGUAA